CGGAGCGGGGAGACCCGGCGGGAUUCUGUUGUUGGAGAAGCAAAUGCGAAUAGCCGGGUGAGGAAGUCUUCAAAUCAAGGGACGCAACUGACCACAGAACCGGUCAAUAUGACACGAGUAUCGCAUGGGGCAUGCAACUUCAGUGACAGCCCUAGAAGGUGAAGUAGCUCCGUCCUCGGAGGAAAUGUUCAAGUGCAGCACUGGAACAGCUGAACCUCUCAAAUUUGAACCGGUUAAUAACCAUCCACCCGGCAUUGGAGCCUGAAUGAACAUGCACCUUAGGACUACACUACCUUUGGGUACAGUACAUUCCACAGAUGCGUGAGCCAGAGGAGAGAUGGAAAGAAACGAAAAGAAAUUCAGCUGGGACCGCCGUGCAACAGCAAUCCAGUGAGCCAAAGGAGAGCAUCCCCCUGCCCCUGAGUCCCUCCCCUCCCAACUCCCACAACCCUUCACCACCAUGACCACUGAACUAGGGAGCAGCCUGACCUCCAUGGACUGGCUUCCCCAGCUCACCAUGCGGGCAGCCAUCCAGAAGUCCGACUCAGGGCACCACCACCCCCACGGGCAUCAUGGCCACGGGCCGGGCAAGAAGAGCACCCCGCUGGACCCUGGCACAACACUGGACCAGGAGGAGGCGGCCCAGCACCGGGACGGCAAGCCACCCUACAGCUACGCCAGCCUCAUCACCUUUGCCAUUAACGGCUCGCCACACAAGAGGAUGACCCUCAGUGAGAUCUACCAAUGGAUCUGUCACAACUUCCCCUACUACUGGGAGGCAGGCAGCGGAUGGAAGAACUCCAUACGGCAUAAUCUGUCCCUGAACAAGUGUUUUCUCAAAGUGCCUCGCUCUAAAGAUGACCCUGGAAAAGGUUCCUACUGGGCUAUAGACACCAAUCGUAAAGAGGACACACUUCCCACCAGGCCAAAGAAGAGGCCACACUCUGGAGAAAGGGCGUACAGCCUAGAAUCGGAGACCCUGCGAAUGGACUGUAUAAUGUACGGAGAUGCCUCGCCCACUCUGGCAAUCAACACAGUAACUAACAAGGUAGCGUUGUAUAAAACAGAGAAUAAGGGCAGCGAUAGCCCCCGGCGCAGCCUCAACAACAGCCUCUCAGACCAGAGCCUUGCCGCCGUCAACCUCAACAGCGUGCACCGCUACACACCGGUCAGUAGUAACUUGGAGCCCUCCCAGUCUCUGAGUCUACAGCAGCCUCUUCCCCCCCCUCCCUCUCCCCCUUCCCAACCCCAGUACAGUGUGGCCGAGCAGGACAAGCAGCUCCUCUUCUCUGAUUUCGAGGACCUCAGUGUCUCGUUCCAAAACCUCUAUAAGUCUGUCUUUCAGCAGUCCUUCAGCCAGCAAGGUAUCACGGGUAUGCCCAGUGAAUUGAGCCAGCAACCGCGGACGUCAUGCUCCUAUCAGCACUCCCCCUGUGUGGGCAGCAGCGGCAGUGCCCACAGCCACCAACACAACCACGGUCACGUUCAUAACCUCCCCCACCACCACCCGCCUCUCUCGCAGCACCUCUCUCCCCACGUGACGCACAACCAACAUCAACCUCAUCCGAACACUCAACAUGGGCAGCACCCUCAACACAGCCAGCACCCCAACAGUGGGCAGCAGACCCAGCACCAUACUGGCCAGCCACCACAGAUGACCUGCACUAACACUUGUCUGUCCGCCAACUGGUACCCCAACCUGGAGUGGCUGAAGGAGAGCUGUCGCAUUGCCAGCAGCUACAAUUGGGCUGACGUGGACCUCUCUCCAUUCCAAGGACUGAAGGAGAACAUGAGGCAGGCGGAGCUGAACAACUGGUCCCUGGACCUGGCCCAGAUAGCAGACCUAUGCUCCUCCAUCAACCAGUUCUUCACACGCACCGGUAUCAUCCCACCACAGGGGCCACCCCUGCCCGCCUGCCACAGCCCCAUGCACACCAGCAAGCCCAGCCAGCACAUCAACACGGGUAAUCUGUACAUGGACUCCAGACAGAACAUGUCUUCAAUGAUGGGACCCCCGGGUUACCCCCACAUGCCCCCCAUGAGCAAUGCAGGCUCCACGGUGACAGGGCACCAUGGCCAGAUGAACCAGCAGCACAUGAUGCCACCUGGGCACUACCAGAUGAGGCUGCCCACCAACGACAUCCAGGACGACUUUGACUGGGACGCCAUCGUUUAGAAUCACCCUGAAGAGAGGAAGAAAAGGAGGGAUAGGGAGAGGGCGUGAGGAGAGUGGAAACAACCACCUGCCCUGAAAAAAAAGACAUUCCAGAAGAGGAAUAUCAAUCCCAUGAUCUUGGUCUUUUUAUACGAGAGUAUAGAGAGUGACUUAGAAGACAAUCAUACACAGAGGGAGACUAGUCAAUGUUUGCCAGUAGACAAGUUGGAUGGUCACAUUUGAGAAAAAAAACACUUUUGGAAUGGUUUGCAUUGUCUCGUCUCAAUGUUCUGAGUACAAACAGUUUUACAAGUGUCGGUGAAGUAUAUAUUUUUUUAUUCAUGCUUCUAUUCUCGUUUCUUUCCACUGAAGACUGAAAGUGGAAGCUAGGGUUUGUGAUUCACAAUAACUUUUUUUUCAAGGAACGUCCGCCUGCCACUGAACUGAAAGGAAUGGGAGUGGAUGAAAAAGAUAGUGCCAUUAUACAUAUGAACAAGACUUGCCUCAAAGUGAUUAAUUUUUGUUCCAUCGCUACACAAACAUCUGGCAUCUUGCCAGUUAGUCCGGACAGUAUUGCAACUCCUUGUACCUCAAUGUAGCAGCCCUCACCUAUCUGACAGGAGUGAUUCAUGGAAUGAUACUUUCGCCACUUCCAAGAAAUAAAGUUAGUUCAACAUUUGAUAAGGGAAGACCAGAUAAGGAUGCUCAUUCUAACAAGUGUUUGAUCUCUUUGACCGACUCAAACAAUGCCAAUUGUAUGGAAUUGAGCACCAUCUUGUGGUUGCAGGCUUAUAUUGCAGAGGGAAUUGACCGUAUUUGGUCAGAGGAGAAAUCACAAUCACCAGACCUCGGUUCAAAUGCUUUUUGAAAUCAUUCAAAUUCUUUUAGCAUUUGUUUCAGCCCGCCUUGAGUGCCAGAUGGGUGAGGCUUGCACUUUAAGGACGGUUCUAUUGGUUCCAUCGCAAAAGGCAUGCUCAAUCAAGCACAGCUGAAGUUUUAUAUAGAAUUUGAACCCAGGUCUGAAUUGCACCCUUACAUUUUUUUUAUUUAAAAUCCUUAAUGUCUAUGUAACUUGCUUUAACUUUCAAUGGUUUGAUGAACAAAAAUCUUCCACUGUAGCAGUUAUUUUGUGCUUUGUAUGUCACCACUUAACUCUGUGCUCAUGGGAAAAAAAUUGUGACGCUGGGCUAUGUAUGUAUCACCUGUCAAUCCCUUACUGGUGGUGUUAUGGUGUCUACAGUUGUAUCUAUCUCGGUGUCUGUGUGCGUGUGAGUGCAUGCGCCUGUGCCUGUGUGAGAGUGUGCAAGUAUGUGUUAGCGUUCAUCAGGAAUGUCCUGUUAGUAACUCCAUGGUACGAAGCACUCAGGGCCCCUGUUUCCUCUUAUUUCAGAAUAAUGCAUAACCCCCACUUCCUUUUUUAGCAUUACCAAAACGUCAAAGGUCAAAUGGGUAUGUGUGUAGUUUAAUGUACCUGUUGGCAGGUGUUUCGACCACUGUGGUGGAAAGGUACACCCAAUGUACUACGUUAUAAGCUAAAUUAAGUGAAAUGUGGAUUUAGGACUUAGUAUAUAGUAGACUCGCGUGCCAGGUGAACUGGUGAACGAGACUACUAUAACGUGACUUUAGUCAAGGAUUAUAUUAAUUUAGACUGACACUAAAUAACAUGUAAUCCUCCUGUUCAAAAUGAUCACAUGGUUACAGAUUGGCUACAUUCCGAUUCUCCCGAAGUGUGCAAUCGUAUCCUUGAAUUGCCCCUCAUAGAUUUAAAAGGAAUUAACUUGCACCAAUCCAGUUAUUUGAAAUGCGGGGGGGGGGGGGGGUGGUGAAUGAGUGUA